UGCUCAAUCUUUCCGAGUUUAGUCCGACUGCGGUGCUUAACAAGCAAACAUGUCGAACUGUGGCAAUUCGUGUCAAAGUUUGAAACAAUAUCUCAAGUGCUACACGAAUUCCCGCAAAAUUUCACUGUUUCUUAGUUUUUAGCGAUUGAACGUCCAAAAUAUUUAUGUGUGCAAAGUACCGUAACCUAAAUUAUCCAACCGUUACCAGUUUCAAGCGCCUUUGGAACUUUUGGGUGUGUUGAGAAACCAAUAACACUAUGCGGAUAACGUGUCCUGUGUUAAGUUCAGUGUAGAUUUUCAUCUGGAUUAAAUCAACUGUUAUCUAGUCAAGUUCUUUUCAGUUCCAUCCUCAUGUCGUGUGAUUGUGAAAAAUGUUUGUGACUAGUGCUGAAGUAGGUUUUUUAUGGCUGUGAUGUCGUAAUAUCAAAAACAGAUCAAAAGGACAUCUGUUUGGUUUAGUUUAGUAUUUUGUGCCAUGGCGUCCAAUUUUCUGAUGCCGGUGAAAAGUGAUGAAGAAAUUCUGCAAAACUCUAUGCUUGAGGAUGAUCCCAACGCCAAUUCUUCGGCAACAGCUGAAGAAACUUUGAGACCACGCUGGGGCCCUAAUCACAAAGGAGCGCAAGAACUUGCAAAUCUUUAUAGCAGAGGGAAGAGAAUCCAAGAAUGUGUGAGUGUGAGUGUGUGCCUGACGCUUAUUGUGAUCAACAGCCUGUUCAUGCUGUACCACAUCCGACUGACCAACAUCAGCACAGUGCUCAUGUCGGCGUUCUGCGGCAUAGUGUCGGCCGACUUCGGCUCAGGCCUUGUGCAUUGGAUGGCCGACACCUGGGGGACCAUCGAUAUCCCUGUCAUAGGUAAAAACUAUCUGCGGCCAUUCAGGGAGCACCACAUUGAUCCGACGUCGAUAACAAGGCACGACUUUGUGGAGACGAAUGGCGACAACUUCAUGGUGACCAUUCCGUUCCUCGCACAGAUGACCUACGUGUUCAUAACGUCGUCCAAUCAGCAGAUACAGGACAGCUUCAGUUGGAAGUGCUACAUUUUUCUGCUGUGCAUUUUUGUGGCGCUAACGAAUCAGAUCCACAAAUGGUCGCACACCUACUUCGGGCUGCCGAAAUGGGUGGUGUGGCUGCAAGAGCACCACAUCAUCCUGCCGCGACGUCACCACAGGUAUCACCACGUGGCGCCUCACGAGACCUACUAUUGCAUCACCACUGGCUGGCUCAACUGGCCACUGGAGGCCAUCCGCUUCUGGCCGUGUCUCGAGCGGAUCAUCACCGCCGCUACCGGAUGUCUGCCGCGUGACGACGACCUCAAGUGGGCGCAGAAGCGGACGUGACUCGGCUCAUGUGAAACGUCUCAUGCUAAAGCUAGGAGAAUAUAUUCGUUCAUACGAAUAUACUCAUUCAAACGACUGAAUCGUCAUUAUUAUCUAUCAUCGCUGUACAUCUGUCUGUGUACUUUCCAGCUCGUCGCAUAGAACAAUCGAUAUCGAUAUUCCGAUUGAAUUUAAUACUCGGUUCAGACUUGCCUCUUAAUUUACAUCUUGGAAGGUCUCAUGUUAUAACGUAGGUCUAUAACGUAAGUAUCAUUUUAUAUAUAAGAGAAUAUAUUCAUUCACACGACUGAAUCGUCAUUAUUUCUUAUUGAAUGUUUGGGGUGACACCUACGGUUUGUGUAAUUUCCAGCUCUUGGCAUAGAACAAUCGGUACACCGUUUUAAGAUAAUACUUGAAUACUUGGUUUAGACUUGCUCUCUUAAUUUGCAUCUUGAAACGGGAGGUCUCAUGUUCUAAGAGAAUAAUUCAUUCACACGACUGAAUCCUUAUUAUUAUUUAGCAUCGCGGUGCAUCUACGGUUUGUGUACUUUUCAGCUCUUGGCAUAGAACAAUCGGUUUUCCAAUUACAGCUAAUACUCGAUUCAGAUUUUCCCUCUUAAUUUAGAUCUUAGAGGUCUCAUGUUAUAACUCACACGACUGAAUCGUCAUUAUUACUUGUUGGGUGCCUGGGAAGACACCUACGAUUUGUGUACUUCCCAGUCCGUCGCAUAGAAAAGUCGGGGUUCAGAUUCGAAACUAAAGCUUGGUCUAGACUUGACCUCUUGCUUCACAUCUUUGAAUGAAUUUUAUAUGCUUUCAGGUGCUAUUAAAAUGUUAAUCCGACUGAAUUGUCCUUUUUUCUUAUUGGCUGCAUGGGGAGACACUUGCUAUUAGAGUACUUAGCAUAUAAUCAGUUUCUUACUUGAAAGCUCGGUCCAGAUCUGACCUCUUAUAUGGCACACAAAUGCCUACCCAAUGAAAAUGUUUAUACCAGUGAUAUGUUCUUAUUUUUCCAUUUGUUGCAUUAGGACUCAUUUAGUAUUUGUGUAUUUUCCAGCUCUUGGCAUAGAAUAAUCAGUUUUCUGAUUCGAAAGCUCAGAACAGAUCUGACCUGUAUUUAACCGGUGUUAAAUCAUGUACUUGUAUUUUCCGUUUUGGAGUAGAUCAAUCAUUUCUCAUCCCAAACUGAAGCUCAGUUCAGAUAAGAGUUCUUGCUUUACUUAUGUGCUACUUCGUCAAGUGGUAUCAGACGCCUUUAAAUCGUUAACACAACUUAAUUGUGCUUAUUUCUCAUUUAUGGAGUUGUAGAACGUUGCGUGUGAACCGUGGACUCCGUAAGCCAGAUUAAUGACGACUAUCCGCAACAUCUUUCUGAAACCGUUCCACUGUCACAAGUCACGUUACAAGUAAAGUUUGGUCCAUGCUUUUAACUAUCAUAAAAGAGGUAAAUUGGUACUUUCAUACGUUUUAUGGACUAUAUUCAAUAUCUUGGCUGAUUUUUUUAAACUGUCAUGUAAGAGGUCAGGACUGAAGCUGUUUAAUCUACUGGAGUCUUGUGCUUUGUGAAUCGAUCAUAUUUUUAUAUUGACCAACUUAAAUUAAUUUGUAUUUCGAACGCUCCAAUUAUCGAUCCUCUAACAACCUAUUGAUGGAUCAAUAUUAUAUUUGAAGAAUUGGAAACAAACCACAUUACUGUCAAUCAAUAAUGCCAAUCGGAACUAUUGAAAUCUAAUUAUGUUUACUGCAUGUAUUGCAUUUGGAUCAUUCUUGUAAGGUUAUGUUGUUUGACACAUCAUCAAAUCGCAAAACUACAGAACUGAUUUUCUUGAAAUUUUACUAAUGAUUCUGAAUCCACUGAGGUGGGUGGUUAAAGGCCAGUUCACGGUUUUUUGAUAAAUCAAUUUUUAUUUUAAUGGUUAAAACGAAUCCGUUCAAUUUGUUCUAAAAUCCAAACCACGCUGGAAAAUUAUCACUUUGUGAAAGUGAAGACCCGACCUUUUUUUCGAAUUUUAUUUCUUUACUUAUUCCAAUCACGUAAUUUUGUGUUUCAUUUCAUGUAAAUCCGGGAGUGAAUUAUCUCAAGGUUAACCUUAUACCUCUUCCCCCAAUUUUAUAUGUAUAUUUAUCUUUUCUAUGUAUAUUGAUAUUUUUUUAAAUGAAGAAUAAAGAAAAGAAGAUGAGUUAGGAGACGGCACCUGUGACCACUUGAGGAGCCGACUCCACUGUAUAUAAUUUAUUAUGAGUUUGAAAAUCGCUUUCCCGUGGUUCGGAGCCCACCUGAAAUUGUAGAUCCACUUUUCAUCGUCAUCAUCCUUCUCGUUCCCACGCACUAGCCUGUUGCUCAUGUGAACAUCACCCUCAGCAAGACUUUUUCGGAACGGUCCAGUAACAACUACCGGUACUUAACUUGAUAUAGAAUUGAUGAAUAUGAAUAUAGUUUUAAUUUCUUAACAUAAUAAUAACACAAUUAUUUCAAAUAUAUAGUGAAAACUACAAACAAUAAAAAGACAUCCAGUUUAAUUCAAAUUCCAUAAUUUUCCAUUCUUCAUUAAAUUACUUUCGUGUUUGGAGUAGGAAUCACAGAUGUUAAAGAACAAAUUUAAAUUUUCCCCGCAAAGACCUUAUCUAUCUGGUAUCUACAGUUUGCACAUCUAGCAAAACUUUCUC